AUAGAAGCUAUCACUAUGAUGUUUGCAUGCAGUAUUUAUUAGCAGCAGUCUCCCACUACAGUUCAGCUCAGUUGGUAAACGUAUUGCUGCUUUAAGGAGGCGUUUUCGACAUUUCGUCUUUGACAGCACAUCAGAAACAAUCUCUCUUUCCGAAAAAAAAUAUUUGUUCAUAAGCAACAGCAAAGGGACUCGGAUAGGCAAAGGGAGGAGAACAAGAAUUUUCCAGCAACCCCUCCGUUUGGGUUUUCCCUGCAUAAGUAGUCGGAUCUGAGGUGAAGUAGAGCAUACACUGCUCUCCGUGCCAAAGAGAGGGGAUCACGUCUGCAGUUCCAGGCACACAGUAUUUGCCACCAUCAUGCAGUUCUUGACCUAUGUCUGCUGCUUAUCAGUCUUGCUUGUCUCUCUCAUCUCUAACUGCUUGACCCAAAAUAAUGGAGACCUUGUUAAUACACAUAAUGGUAUAGUUCAAGGUAUGCGCUUUCCAGUGCCGGAUGGGAGUUAUGUUACUGCUUUCCUUGGCAUCCCUUUUGCUGAGCCGCCAGUAGGUAAACGUCGCUUCCGUCCUCCUGAGCCAAAGCAAAGAUGGACUGGGAUUUUUGAGGCUAACGCCUACCCCAACGCCUGUUACCAGUAUGUGGACACAUCGUUCCCAGGCUUCCAAGGCAGUGAGAUGUGGAAUCCUAACAGAGAGAUGAGUGAGGACUGCUUGUACCUUAACAUCUGGGUACCUGCCUCACCCAGACCCCACAAUCUCUCAGUUAUGGUGUGGAUCUAUGGUGGAGGAUUCUAUAGUGGCUCUUCUUCACUGGAUGUGUAUGACGGUCGUUACCUUGCUCACACUGAGACAGUCAUUGUGGUCUCCAUGAAUUAUCGUAUUGGUGCCUUUGGAUUCCUUGCUCUUCAUGGCUCUUCAGAGGCUCCUGGAAAUGUUGGUCUGCUGGACCAGAGGUUGGCACUACAGUGGGUGCAAGAAAAUAUCCAUUCCUUUGGUGGGAACGCCAAACAGGUGACUAUCUUUGGUGAGAGUGCUGGUGGUGCUUCAGUUGGAUUCCACCUAUUGUCUCCAGACAGCAGACCUUUUUUCACAAGAGCCAUCCUUCAAAGUGGGGUCCCCAACUGUCCUUGGGCCUCUGUUAGCCCUGCUGAGGCCAGAAGACGUGCCACACUUCUGGGAAAGCUUGUUGGCUGCAAUGGAGGCAAUGACACUGAGCUGGUGGACUGUCUGCGUAAUAAAAGUCCACAGGAACUUAUCGAUCGAGAAUGGCUGGUUCUACCGUGGUCAGCUCUCUUCCGGUUUUCAUUUGUACCAGUUGUGGAUGGGGAUUUUCUGCCUGACACUCCAGAAUCAAUGCUUAGCUCUGGAAAUUUUAAAGACACUCAGAUUCUUCUUGGUGUCAACCAAGACGAGGGCUCUUACUUUCUGCUAUAUGGAGCACCGGGAUUCAGCAAGGAUAAUGAGAGUCUAAUUUCCAAAGAGGACUUCCUGGAAGGUGUAAGAAUGAGCGUACCACAUGCAAAUGAUAUUGGGUGGGAGGCAGUGGUGCUGCAAUAUACUGACUGGAUGGACGAAAAUAAUGGAGUGAAAAACCGUGAUGCCAUGGAUGACAUAGUGGGCGAUCACAAUGUCAUUUGUCCACUGGCCCAUUUUGCUCGUUCAUAUGCUCAACACCAUACUCUUAAGGCGAAUAUAGGCAUGAUGAACAGUGCAGGAAACUCACAAGGAGGGGUAUACCUCUACCUCUUUGAUCACAGGGCCUCUAAUUUAGCCUGGCCAGAGUGGAUGGGAGUAAUUCAUGGGUACGAAAUCGAGUUUGUAUUUGGAUUGCCCCUGGAGAAGAGACUCAAUUAUACCAUUGAAGAGAAGAAUCUUAGUCGGCGCAUGAUGAAGUACUGGGCUAACUUUGCACGAACAGGAAAUCCGAACGAUGGGCUGCUGGACAGUAGAAAACGCUGGCCUGUGUUUACUGUGAAUGAGCAGAAACAUGUCACACUCAACACUGAACCACUAAAAACCCACAAAGGUUUGCGCAACCAGAUGUGUGCUUUCUGGAACCGCUUCCUGCCACGCCUUCUGAACAUCACAGGCAACAUAGACGAGGCAGAGCGUCAGUGGAAGAUGGAGUUUCACCGCUGGUCCUCCUAUAUGAUGCACUGGAAGAGUCAGUUUGACCACUACAGCAAGCAAGAGCGUUGCACUGACCUCUGAGAGCCAGAUGAUAAAAUUGUGGAGAGAGUGAAAAAUACAUGUCCUGUUUAAUUUUUCUCUAUUGUCCCUCACUGACAUCUGAAUUUGUUUUGUUUGGUUUCACAACACACACAAACUCAAAACACUGUCUAUCCUUAUUUAUAUUAUUUAUACUAUUUAUUAAAGUGUUGUUUCACUGAAUGUGAAUAUCUGUGUUUUUAAAGGAAAGACGAUGAAGGAAACUGAUCCUGAAGACUACAUGUUGUCAUCUGUAUGUGUGUUUGCAUGCCUUGGAAGACCCCAGUUUAGGUUAGAUCUUGGUCAAAUUGUGACACUGCGCUAUGGGAGGUUUACACCCUUUUUUCCCUCAUCAUACUAUUUCAUCUGAGUUAAUAUUUGCUUCAUGAGGAUCGCUUUUUUGCAGCAUACAAUUUUGUUAGACUAGUUACAAACAUGGUUUGCUUUUGUUGCAGACUUAGUUUCCUGUAUUUUAUUUUAGCGCUUUUAAGGAUACUACACUUAUCAUUUGUGAUGUUUUUGCUUUCUUGUACCAUUUCCUGAGUAUUAAAGUCAUACAUAGCAUUACAUCCUCCUCUCAUGUUACCCCACAAGUCUUUCUAUUUGAUUCUAUCUAACCUCUCCUCUUCUUCUAUAUUUGUUCCUCCCAAUCCAUUACUUUCCUUUUGCCCACCACCUCAUUCUGCUUUUCUUCUCUUUUUUCUGUUUCUUUUAUCCCCCUCUCAAUCAUCUUGUCUUUCCUAUCUCUUCCUCUUACUAUUCACUGUCUCUCCCAUGUCAGAAAUAUUUUUCUACUCUCUCAUCUCCCAUCUUUUUAGCAUCCUCAGUAUGCAUCCUUUUCUUCAGACUGAUCUGAGUGUGCCACUUUUCUGAUUCAUCCUUCUCUCCUGGUCCUCAGUUUUAUCACCACCCACAUUUUCAUCUCCCUGUGCCGUCCUCCUUUCUUGUUAGUCUAAUGGAGGCAGAGUAAUUCACUCAGCAGAAAGAUAAUGUGACAGAGUGCUAGCUCAGCCUCUGGCCUGCCAGCCAGCAUGACUGGAUAAAUUGAUGCAAAAUGGAAGAGAAAGGGAAGUGAGAGGAGGCAAGGGCAGAAAAGAGGGGGAAAGAAGGAUAGGUGGAGAUGUGUUGGAAAGAAGAAAGUCCAUGUGCAGCAUUGCAUAAUCUUUAUGAAUGUAGUUUGCAUCUUUUUUUUCUGUGGCACUAAAACUGAGUGUGUGUGUGUGUAUGUGUGUGUGUGUGUCUGUGUGUGUUGCUCUCAAUCUCCUAAUUGACUUUUGACUCAACAAGCACUUUUGUUGGCAUGUGAAGCUCCCUUUCAUGUCUCAGAAUUGUGUUGCUGGCUUUAAAAAGAAGUACAUUUAAAAAGAAAUUGUACCUUGUGUCUACUACAAGCAAGGAAUGCAUGUGUCAGAGGCUGUAUGAGUGACAGUGUCCUCCACUCUUAUUUAAUGGAAAACUCUGCCUAUGUACUUUCCAUUGUGCAUCUAUGAAACUGUUAUGCAUGUCCUAAAGUCCAUUAUCCCCAGAUUAUCUUGCCAAACUUGGACUGUUAUUUGCUGUAGAAUGUGUACUGUAUACAAAACUAUUAUACAGCUAGGAAAUUUUAACAUAUAUUGUUAGCGAUGUUUGAUGUUAGCAAUAACAUAAAUAAAUCAAUAAAGGAAUAUAUUUGAUAUGUGAAUACAGUAUAACUAACAAGAUUAAACUAUCGAGAAUUGAUGUGUUUUAAAAGCAAUAUUAUUGUGAGUAUAAACUAAACAUAAGUGCCAUAAACUUUAUCCCUUUUGUUUUUCUGUUUGUAUCAAUGUUCUGCUUCUUGGUUGUUUGUUCCAGUCACUAAUACUGUAAGCGCUGAAGGCUUCUUAGUACAUUGCUGUGUAUCAUCAGUACUGAUGUGAUUAAUCUAUUGCAACAAAAAUAAAAACACUGCAGCAUC